AUGGGCCAGUUGGAAGAAAGGCCGUUCCUACAGCCAUUAAAUUUGAGAUUUGGGGGGAAGGAAUUAGAUCAUCAAUUUUUAUAUAUGCCCAAUUGCCCUAAGUCACUAUUUGGGAGGGAUUUGCUAUCUCUUUUGAACAUGAAAAUUCUGUUUGAAGAUGGAAGAGUUAAAGUAGAAGUUCCUGAAGAAGAAAUAGCCAAAUUAUUCGUGAUUAGAGAAGUUGAACCCACCCCUAUCCCUGAGGAGGUAGAACAGGCUGUGGUACCAUGGGUAUGGGAAACGGGAGUCCCGGGGAAGUCUAAAGCUGCUCAACCAGUAAUAGUAGAGUUAAAAGAAGGGGUACAACCUGUAAGGAUAAAACAGUAUCCUAUUAAACUUGAAGCCAAAGAAGGGGUUGCUCCUCUCAUAGCACAAUUUCUAACACAAGGAAUACUGGAAGAAUGUGAAUCAGAAUACAACACCCCCAUUUUUCCCGUAAAGAAACCUAAUGGUAAGUAUAGAUUGGUACAGGAUUUACGGGCAAUUAAUAACAUUGUUAAGGAUAUUCACCCAGUGGUUGCAAAUCCAUAUACUUUGUUAACAUCUGUGUCUGAAAAGUUUAAAUGGUUUACUGUAAUUGAUUUGAAGGAUGCAUUCUUCUGCAUUCCCCUGGCAUUGCAAAGUAGGAAAUAUUUCGCCUUCGAAUGGGAAAGCCCAGACACCGGUCGCAAGAAGCAACUCACCUGGACGAGAUUACCCCAAGGCUACAAGAACAGUCCGACGAUAUUUGGGAAUCAGUUGGCAAAAGAAUUGGAAGAAUGGAAGAUGACUGAGGUAAGAGACUCGCCGUUCUCAUACGUGAUUUUACAGUAUGUCGAUGAUAUCUUUCUAGCCACAGAAGAGAAAGAACUGUGUUUAAAACUCACCAUAGCAUUGCUGAAUAUGCUGGGCCAGGCUGGAUAUCGAGUAUCAAAAGAAAAAGCACAGCUGAUAAAGGAAAGUGUGAUUUACCUGGGUUGUGAAAUCAUUCAGGGUCAGAGACGGUUGGGAAUCAACCGAGUGGAGGCCAUUUGUGCCAUCCCGCUCCCGAGAAGUCACCAAGAAUUAAGAUCUUUCUUGGGGAUGGUAGGAUGGUGUCGAUUGUGGAUUCCAAAUUUCGGGUUACUAGCGAAACCAUUGUAUGAGGCCCUGAAGGAACCACAGCUGAACUGGGACAGGUCAAGGAAGAAUGCUUUCCAAAACUUAAAACAAGCCCUGAAGGAGGCCCCGGCUUUAGGGCUCCCGGAUUUGAGCAAGGACUUUCAGUUGUAUGUAAAUGAAAGACAAAAGCUGGCUCUGGGAGUACUAACCCAACGGAUCGGGUCAUGGAAACGCCCGGUGGGAUACUUCUCGAAGCAGCUGGACACUGUCAGUGCUGGUUGGCCGUCAUGCUUGCGGGCAGUUACGGCCACGGUGAUCCUCAUUCAAGAAGCCAGAAAAUUGACGAUGGGCAAGAAAAUGGAGGUAUUUGUACCCCAUAUGGUACUGGCUGUUUUGGAACAAAAGGGGGGUCACUGGUUAUCAUCUAGCCGAAUGCUGCAGUACCAAGCAAUAUUGAGAGAGCAGGAUGAUGUAGAAUUGAAAAUAACUAAUCAUAUUAAUCCAGCAGAAUUUCUCCGCAGUGAACAGGAGGAGGGAGAAUUGGCGCAUGAUUGUGUGGAGGUCAUCGAGCAGGUAUACGCUAGUCGGAUAGAUCUUAAAGACACACCGAUGGAAGAUCCAGACUGGGAACUGUUCACGGACGGAUCAAGUUACGUGGAAAAUGGUACCAGGUAUGCAGGGUAUGCCGUGGUGACUGUUCAUACGAUUGUAGAGGCAAAAGCUUUACCUCCUGGUACCUCAGCCCAGAGGGCAGAAAUAAUUGGGCUUACACGAGCCCUAGUCCUCAGUACUGGAACAAAAGUAAAUAUUUGGACUGACUCUAAAUAUGCCUUCGGGGUAAUCCAUGUACAUGGGGCAUUGUGGAAGGAGAGAGGACUACUCAGUUCACAGGGAACAUCUAUCAAGUACAAAGAAGAAAUCUUAGCUUUGCUGGAAGCAGUACACAGACCGAAAAAGGUUGCGGUAAUGCAUGUGAGAGGACAUCGAAAGGAGGAAGGAAAAAUUUACCAAGGAAAUGAUUUGGCUGAUGUGACAGCUCGAAAGGUGGCUCGAGAGGUAUGGACUCAGAUGGCAUUAAUACCAGUCAAGGUAAGCCCAGUAAAUCCCUACCUAAACCAGGCACCUAAAUAUACAAUAGACGAUGAGAAGUUGGCAAUGUUAUUGAAUGCACAAAAGAACAUGACUGGAUGGUAUGUAACAACAACGGGACAGGUCAUGGUACCAGCAAAAAUAAUGAAAGUCAUCUUGGAAACAGAACAUAACAAAUGCCAUUGGGGUGCAGAGAUGCUCGUAAAAUUCUUAAGGAGAGAAAUAGUUUCAAACCAGAUGUUAACACUUGCAAAACGGGUGAAUGCAAUGUGCCCAGUCUGUUUGAAAAAUAACCCGAUUGUCAGGAAACAAAUUCAACUAGGGAAACUGCAGGUAGGACCGGAACCGGGAGACUAUUGGCAAGUAGAUUUUUCUGAGUUACCAAAAGCACAAAAUUUCAAGUACAUGAUAGUGUAUGUCUGUACCUUUUCAGGAUGGCCAGAAGCUUACCCCUGUAGGACAAAUCAGGCUAAGGAAGUGGUUAGGACACUGCUUAAAGAAAUCAUUCCCAGGUUCGGGGUACCUCUAGGGUUGUCGUCGGAUAGAGGUCCACAUUUUAUAGCUGGGAUUGUGCAAACAGUAGCUAGGAUGUUGGACAUAUCUUGGGACUUGCAUACACCUUGGCGACCUCAAUCAAGUGGUCAGGUUGAAAGAAUGAAUCAAACACUGAAAGGGCAAAUCAAGAAAAUUUGCCAGGAAGCUAAAAUGCAAUGGCCGCAAGCAUUACCGUUAGCUUUAUUGCGAAUCAGGAUAAAGCCCAGGGAGAGGUUGGGGGUAAGUCCUUAUGAGAUUCUAUAUGGGAAACCUUAUCAUGCUACCGUACUAAAGGGAGAUCUACAUGUACAAGGGGACCAAGUGAUAUUUAAUUAUGUAAUGUCACUAAACAGAACUCUCAACAGCCUACGGGGAGCCCUGCAGUGGAACCGACCCCUACCACUGGAGAAUCCAGUCCAUGACAUCCAACCUGGCGACCGAGUGUAUGUGAAAAAUUGGUUCACGGAUCCACUGAAGGAAACAUGGGAUGGCCCCUACCAAGUGAUCCUGACGACCUACACAGCAAUAAAGGUGGCGGGAAUCGACACCUGGAUCCACUACACUCGAGUCAAGAAAAUUCCAACACAAUGGGAGACUCAGAUGGUCUCCCCGACGCGAAUGAUAUUUCGCGCAAAGCCGCAUUCUUAAUCAUUCUGUUACUGGUGAUGAUGAAAUUGAUACCUACUCAAGGUUUUGUGGUUGUCACUGUUUCAGAACCUGUUGUUGGAAUCAUGGAAGGGAUGGAUGUGAAUUUGACCUGUGUUAUUACCAAUGACCAGAAAGCUGAAGCCCGAGAUUUACGAGUAUUCUGGAAACAAGGAGCUGGGUACCCCAAGGCAAGUUUUACUACUAUUUGGGAUAGGGAUGCACAAAAAGGGAAUACCACACUACAAUUGAAGCAAGUAACUGGAGAAGAUAUGGAGGUUUAUAUGUGUAUAGUGCAAAUUAGACGUAGUUUUGACUAUAAGAAAAUUAAAUUGAGGGUGGUAUCUUGGAGAUUACGGGAAGGAACUAUUUCUCAGGAAUCAGUGUCAGUCAGGCCAACAUCCGCUAUUCAAGACAUGUGGGACGGUCCCCCGUUAAAGCUUAAUUGCCCAUUCACUCUAACAGAGGCAUGCAAACAAGAAGUGAAAGUUAAGUGGUGGAAAGAACAACAACAAAUGUGGGAACGAAUUGACCAGGGAGUGAGUUGGUGGAAAUUAUGGGACAAAGGAAUUGGGUGGCUAAAUAUCUCAGAUCCUAAACACGGCAUAGACGAAGGGCGGUAUCUGUGUCUAGUUACAUGUGGAAUAGAUGCAGACUAUGGCAUUCGAUCGUCAAUAGCUAGGGCACAUUUGGGGGAAAGGAUCAAGGCAACAUAUGGAAUUUUUAGAGCAGUGCAAGGCAUGGCAGUUAUCUUAGUCUGUAAGGUAGAGAAAGAUGUACAGUUUAUUGAAUAUGGAUGGUGGUUUGGGGGAAACAAUAUUCGGGACAAAGAAGGGAAAUAUCGCAAGGAGAAACGAUCAGAUCGAACUAUAGUCCUUAUAAUUAAGGAUGUACAGCCGGAGGACGAGGGAUAUUAUUGGUGCUGGAUUAGCAAAGACUCCUGGUGGGGACAUUCAAGAACGAUAGUCUCACUAACUCGAGGGAAACCGAGAAGAGUAAGAGAAAUUAAUAUUACCACUCAAAAUGAGCAAAAACAAGAGAACCUGAUAGUGGGACUGAUCAGAGAUUUUCGUACAGUACAAAAUGUCUCACAAAUUACGGCAUGCCUGCCACUCCCCCAGGCCGCUGGAGAGCCUAUCCAAUGUGGAGUGGUUCCGGUCCUGAUGCCCCCAACAAUACAAGAGAACAUUACGGUCAUGUGUCAGGUAGAAAACGUAGAGAAGGAGGUAGUAGAAGUUAAGGAAGGUUAUUCCCCUUUGUGGAAAUAUUCAUCAAUCUGGGAUUGUCAGGAAAAAGGAGGCAGAUAGGAACCAAAACCUGGACUGUAUGGAGGAUUAGGAAAUUAUGGUUGGUGUUUUGAGAAACAAGAGCAACAAAUUAAGAAAAAACAAUUAUCUCGAGAAAUACGGUGUCAAAAUAUGACACAAGAACAACCCUUAUGGGACCACUGGGAAGCUAUAUGGGGUCCAAGUUUACUGGAACACUAUAGUUAUAUUGGUGCGUACAGUGGACAGGAAGUAAAAACCAAUCACAUGCAGAAGUAUCAGAGAUAAAUACCUCUACUAGGGAGAAGGCGAUAGCAAGAGAAAACUGGAAUUGUACAGAAGUUUAUACAUGCGAUACUCCAGGGGAUCAAAUUAGCCUAGUGCCAGUAAGGGUCCUUUUGAAAUGGGGAUGUGAAUGUAGGAAAUACAAUCACACAAUACCCGGCAAACCCCUUAUGAACGGGUUUUAUGGAAGGGUCUCCUGUAGGACGACUACACUCAGAAGUCCGGGAAAUUUAGUAUGGGUAAUGGGACAUGGACAAUGGACUACUCAUCUCCCUUUGGACGGACCAGUGACACAAG